AGAGAUCUUGUGGCAAAUACAUAAUUACAGAUGUUCUUGUGCAUAUUUCUGAUGGACAUACUUUCUUAAACCAGGGAUGGCCUAAUACUGAAGGACCUGUAGAGAAACCAAGUGACAUGAAACUUCAAGUAGUUUGUACAUUUCUGCAAUUUGAUUAUUUAGCAGCCUUGUUUAAAUAUUCUGAUGUUAAAAAAAACCCCAAUUGUUUAAACUUUUAUCUAGAAGAGUCAUAGGGGAAUGGCUAUCACAUAUAUCCCCCUUCUCAACUCAUACGAUAAAGUUGUGAUAUAUAGGGGUACUAAGGAGAAACUGAUCUUCUAUAUCUUGGCCAUUGUCACAUGAUGUGGUUCAGGGUUACAAAAGGUGAUACUCUUACCAUAUGACAGGAGUCUAUUGUCUACAACACUCUUAUGGGGUUAUAUAUUGAUAGUGAAUGUCAGUGUGUAUUGCAUUCUCUCAAUGACCUCUCAUUAUUGUGGCAUGGACAGUUUGGGACAGACAAUGCUAAGUUAGUUUGGUGGCAGCCAAACCAAACACAAACUCUCAUGCAAGGAGAGGCUGUUGGCUGUUUGUUGAACUUAUGAUAUAUUAUAAAACUGCCUUGUGGUUUAUAUAUAUUUUUUAAAUAUUUACAUUUUUUAAAUUAAGUAUUAAGAAAUCCCAGUGAAAAAUCCUCCCCUCUGAACCAUGGCUGAUCAAAUGUGGAACAGACAUAACUGCAUCAAGGAAGCAUUCAGUGUCCUUAGCACCAACGGUGGCAUGAAGAUGAGACAGAGAGGCACACUACUUCGUCAUAAGUUUUUAGAUCCGUAUCGUGGUUAUUCAGAAGACAUGUCAACUCAGUCAGAUUGUAGUUUGAAUUUCAUUAACAACAUAAAUUGUAGAAGAGUUAACCGUUGGCUGACACACGAAAUACCAGAGAUGGUAGCUUUGGAAGACAUCUUCCCUUCGGAAGACCAAGAGUUCCUCCAUACAUCUUCAAACUGGGUCUCCCCAGCAACAGAAACCCAUGGUGAUGUUUCCAUGGAAACAGUAAUCGAUUUUAAAAUGCCAGGGGAUACAAUCAGUAAAGAGAAGAGGGAUUUUCCAACAAGAUUUGUAAUGCCAUUUGAACUACCUAGGAACUCUGAAGUAAUUGCUGAUGCAAUGUGGCUGACACCUGAUCAUUCCUUACUUAUGGAUAUUGAUCCUUCAAAAUCCAGGGGCUUCCUAGAAAGCUCAGUCACAGCUGCUCUGCAACAACCCAUGCUAACAGAGUAUGAGGGUGACGUUCCCAUGUGUGAGCAACCAAUAAUCAAGAGCAAACAAGUAUUUCCAAUUCUAGAGUGUGUUGGUGAAAAACUAAGAGAAAAACUGCAUGUUGACUUAAACUGAGGUAUGACUAGGCUAAUUAUGAUCUGGACUUGUCAAAAUGUUCCCACUAUUAAAUAUAUACUACCAAUAAUGCAAAAAGAUAUUUCUAAACAACUUAUUCUAGAUGUUGUGUUAACCUGUGGGGCAUUUGUACUUGGGUAGUAGUAUUAAGGCUUUUAGUUAGGGCCUUGCAACCCUUGUGGGUAAGACGAGGUUCUACUCAAUUUAUGAAUUGCAGAUUGUAGUCCUAGGUUGAAUCUGUACACACAGUGACACCCCCACCACAAAACUAGGACCCUCUUAACCUCAGAUGGCUUCAUGAGGGACAGAACCUGUUCCAGUGUCUGAGAGGUCAGGUGCUCCCUCUCUCCUUUCUCAGGUUUUCAAAGAGAUGGUGGUUGUCAGGGUCGGGGGUGGGAGCCGCUGGAAAGUGCCCCAAAUCCUACAGAGAUUUUUCUGAGGGAUUGGGAGCGCAGCUCUGCUGGAUUUAGGAAAUUUGUUUUUUUUGGCCCAUUCCUGUGACUAGAAAACAGAGAUAGAAAUUAACAUUCUUCUUUGGGUGGCCUCUGCAUAUUCCCAGUCAUGGGAUGCAUGGGCUGUGCAGCUCCAGCGAUGGAAUGUUUCAAAGCAGUGCCCAUUGUGGCACUCUCUUGCCCCCUUCGGUCCCUUCCCUCACUGUUUCUUAACAUUCUGAGGGCAAGGCUGUACAAGGGGGUGUGGAGCUCUGGCUGCCUUAGAUCCUUCCAAAUGGACCAGGAACCCCUCCAGGCUGAUCCAAUCUUUUCAAAGACCCAGUACCUUAGUUAGAUUUCAUAGUUAGGUAGGAAUAGGGUUUGAAACUUUAGCUUGCAUAUUUUCUUUAAGAAAGAUUUUCUUUUAUUCAUUUUUAUUAGUUCCCACAUCUCUGGGUGGGCUUAAAGAUCCUGUGGCAGAUCCGAAGAGGAAGUGGCCAGGAGUUAAGAGGUGUGCCUCUUAUCCUGCUGUAUUUCCACUUUGGAUGCCCAUUGUGACAAUGCUCUGACCUUGACUCAGUGGGUCCCGUGCUUCUUGGCGGAUUACGCUAGCCUCAGAGACUCACUGUGACCCUCCACAUAGCCCUUCUCUCUCUAGAGGCAAGGGUCACAGCCUACUGAGCCAUUUUCAUCAUAAGCCAGCAAGGGAGGUGAGGAGAAGCUCUCCUCCCUCUCACAGUCUCUGUUGUCUCCCAGUCUUAGUAAUAAGUCGGGGAGAGGAGAGGGGACCCUGGGCCCGCCCUCUACUCUGGGCUCCAGCCCAGGACCUGGAUAGUAGCAGCUUUUGGUAACUGACUUUUUGGAAACAGGACAAGUACAAUUCCCUGCGCCACUUCCCCACAGCAGCCCCCACUUCCUCAAUAUCUUCGUCACCCUUACCUCAGGGCCUCCUUUCUUGUGCCUGAUAAGGUUUGUACUGCUCCAUUUCUCCAGCAGCGUGGCUCCCUUCUACAGCUCCUGACACACAUGCCCCCCACCUGACUAAGUGAGAGGCUUUUAACUAGUUUCAGCCAGCCCCUGAUUGGCUUCAGGUGUCCCAAUCAACCUAGCUGUCUCCACUGCUUUCUGGAAGGAACUUAAUUGGCCCCAGGUGUCUUGAUUAACCUGGAGCAACUGCCAUUUGGUUACCAUGGUAACAGGGAUUUGUUUAGCCUGGGGCUAACAUGCCUGUGUCUCACUACUUUCCUAUAGCCAUCUGGCCUUGCCCCGUCACACCAUACAAGAUACUUGGUUUGCUUCGAUGAAGGACACUCUUCUUCCCGGUGCAUGAUCUGCAGCACUUUCAGUCCAAGAGCUCACAAGGAGCAUCAGAGCUGGCUCCAAGCCAUAUGACUGCAAGAGGCACUUGUGGCCAAACCUUCUGGUUCCAUAACCACUUGUUCCAUGAGUCCCAGGUGGCCUGUGUUGGCCCUUAGCCCCUCAGGGGAUAAAAAGCCCAAGAUCUCGAUAAAGGUACGCUGCUCCUCUCCUAGAAUGAAAACAAAACCUUUGAUAUUGAAAGAUCCUAAGCCAUUGGGAUCCUAAUUCUAGAUACAGCAGAACCUCACAGAUGUCCACUUAUGUUACCAGAACCAAUCCUAGUGGGGCAUCUCUUGGAUCCAACACCUCUGGUUCCAGUUUGGAGUUUGGUCCGAGAUAUGAUCAGUCCUAGCAGAGCCAAGCACUACUCUGGGUCCCUCUUGGAUCCCUCAGGGUCAGUUCCGAAAACACCCUCAGAACUUAGGCUAAAGGUUAAGGCCACAGAAGAGGGAAAAUACCUAAAGAAAGGUCAUACCCCUAAUACAACAAGACUGAGGAGUCGUUUCUGAUUCUGAUGCUGGCACAGUCUACCAUAAUGACAGCUGUUCAGGUACAUCACUUGGAUCAACAAUUCAAAUCUGAUCUGAAGGUUAUGAAGAUUCCUAUGUCCUCUUGGUGGAGUGAUAAGGGGAAUAAAAGAAACACCACAGGUCCACUUCCUACUCCCACUUCCCUGAUGGGAAAAGACAAAAGAUCAAGGAGCAGAUUCAGAUAUCCCCAGAUGUUUGGCUCCCUACCCCUAGAACCAGGGAGAUCUGUCUCCCCGUUUUCAGUUUUAAGGAUGCAGAGUCACUGAUUUCCCUUUUAUUUAUUGAACAGAUAUUGAAUAGAACCAGACCCAGAACUGAUCCCAGUAGGACCCCAGUUGAUAUGCCCUUCCAGCUUGACUGUGAACCACUGAUAACGACUAUCUGGGAACGGUUUUCCAACCAGUGAUGCACCCAACUUAUAGAAGCUCCAUCUAGGCUUUAUUUCCCUAGUUUGUUUAUGAGACGGUCAUGUGAGACAGUAUCAAAAGCCUUAAUAAAGUUAAGAUAUACCACAUCUACCCCUUCUCCCCAUACUCCGUCUAAGAAAGCUAUUAUGUUGGUUUGACAUGAUUUAUUUUUGAAAAAUCCAUGCUGACUGUUUCUUAUCAUCUUAUUAUCUUCUAGGUGUCUGCAAAUUGAUUGCUUCAUCAUUUGCUCCAUUAUCUUUCUGGCUACUGAAGUUAAACUGACUGGUCUGUAAUUCCCUGGGUUGUCCUUAUUUCCCUUUUUAUAGAUUGGCAUUAUAUUUGCCUUUUUCCAGUCCUCUGCAAUCUCUUGCGUCUUACAUGACUUUUGUAAUCGCUAAUGGCUCAGGUAUCUCCUCAGCCAGCUCCUGGAAUAUUCUAGGAUGUAUUUCAUCAGGCCCUGGUGACUUGAAGACAUCUAACGAGUCUAACUUGGAAUACCUUUCCAACAGUGUAAAGGCAGCCUCCUUGGCAUGCCUUAGGCAUAUUUCUACUGUAGAAAUUGCAGAGCUGCAACAUGGACCUCUAUUCAUAUGUUCACAAAACAUUAUGUAAUAGACCUAAUCAGUUGGAUUUUAGAGAGUGGUACUUCAGUCACCGUUUAAUAAGGACUCCAUGUCCCACCUUCCUCAGAUGACAGUACUAUUUAUCAAAGUAUCCCAUGACGCUGAAUGUGCAGAGGCCACUCAAAGAAGAAAUUAAGGUUGCUCGUCUAUAACCAGAGUUCUUUGAGAGAGACUCUGCACAUUCAUACUCCCUGCCUAGCUUCCCCUCUUCCCGGGAGUCCUAAUUACAAUCUUGGACCUGAGGAGGCAGAGGAAGGAACUCGGGUGGCCAGAGUACUAAACCCUCUUUUAUAGCCUCCCCCUCAGAAUGUUUAGGAACGAUAAGGGGAGGGGCGGGAGUGAGCACAAGAGUGCUACAAUGGGCACUGCUUGCAGAGCUGCCCCACCAGUGUAUCCCAUGAGUGUGAGUAUGCAGAGUCCAUCUCAAAAAACUCCAGUUACUGGUGAAUAACCCUCAUUUAAAGUCAGACAAAAUCUCCCAUAUAUUCUACAGGGGGCAAUUAUUUUCGUGCUCUAGUGAUACAAAGAAAAAGCAUGUUUCUGAAAAUAUAAUAGCAAUAUUUUAAACUGUCUUUAUAAAUGAAGUUUACUUUCCUAGUCAACUUGUGUACUGGGUCAUUGAUUCAUUUCUCAGGUGAUAGAAUGCUCUCUCUUCCCAGGUUCAUUCCCUACAAGACACCCACCAUCUGCAUUUGUGACUCAGGAACUCAUGCCAGGUUGUAGCAUUCCCCUUAAAGUGCAGAUGGGUAUCAGCAUAUUGCUGGAGUCUUGGCAUCUGAUUGAACAGUUUCCAGGAAACAGCAAACAUGGCACCAUAACUAAGCAGAAAUGUUAGCAGCAAAAUUCUGCAUAAGUGAUGCUGCAUUUUGUAGUCAAACUGUAGCUUAACGGUGUAACUGUUAAAUGCAUAAUGAACAGUAGGCAUCAUAUCACAUUUCAUUUUACAGUGACCCAUCAUUCAGAUAAUCAAGUCCUGAGACUACUAUCUGUGGCCACUUCACUCUGGGCAUGAAUGAUCUUUCACAGCUUCAACUAUGGAUGACUUUUAAAAUAGCUCAAAUGAAAUAAAGCACAAAGAAACAAAUAGCCCUGAUCUAGUCUUAUUUUAUAGGGAUAAACUGAUUAUUGUGACUAAUAUGUAAUAGAAUGCUAAUGUAUCAUUGACUUGCCUUGAUGCAGCACCAGAUGUAUUUUGAAUAUAUUUUUAAAUAUAAAAUCCAUAUAAAUUUGCAUGCAGUAUUGGAUUUACAAUGGAAAUAUCAAACAGCCAUUUUGUUACGAGAUGUUUACUUUUAUUUUUGCUUUGUGAAAAUUGAGUAACUUCCCCCUUCCCUGGCCAGUUACUAGUAAUUAGCUCUUGCAAGCACUUUUCAUCUAUCUAGGUCAAG